CUGCAUAGAGCGUGAGCGCCGCGGCAUAGUUCCCGGAAACGAGUUGUAUGGGGCGGCGCCGUUCCUUGUUCGCCAUACUUGCACAGGGAAGAGCAACAGAAGCACUUAUUCUACAAGCGCCUGGGAGAAAACAGCAGGAAAACGACAUGGCUGAGGACGAUUUGACUCCGGAGCAGCUAGCAGCCAUCGCUGCGGAGAACGACGUAGGCGAGACAGUCAACUACAAGCCCCCAGCCCAGAAGACCCUGCAGGAGAUCCAGGAGCUGGACCAGGACGACGAGAGCCUCCGGAAGUAUAAGGAGGUUCUGCUAGGAGCUGGCGCUGCAGCUGUCGCUGAUCCCAGUGUUCCCAACGUCCAGGUGACACGGUUGACACUGAUGUGUGAGACUGCCCCGAACCCACUGACCCUUGACCUGCAAGGAGAUCUGGAGGCCUUUAAGAAGCAGUCCUUUAUCCUGAAGGAGGGAGUGGAGUACAGAAUAAAGAUCAGCUUCAAAGUGAACAAGGAGAUUGUCUCGGGACUCAAGUAUGUCCAGCAGACCCACAGGAAAGGAGUGAGAAUUGACAAGUCGGACUACAUGGUGGGGAGCUAUGGGCCAAGGCCGAACGAGUACGACUUCCUGACCCCGCUGGAGGAGGCUCCUAAAGGCAUGCUGGCCCGCGGCACCUACAACAUCAAGUCCAAGUUCACCGACGACGAUAAGCACGACCACCUUUCCUGGGAGUGGAACCUCAACAUCAAGAAAGACUGGAAAGACUAAGAAAGAGGCCUUCAAAACCAAACCCCACAACCAUGUCCCCAUUUCUCCAUGAGUUUAUUUUCUUCUACUUCAUUCCAUCCUCAUGUCUUCAACUUCAUUCCGACCCUUCCCAUCCCUCUCUCGUUUCUCGCCAUUUAUCCGUCUGCAUUAGUAGCAGCAGCAGAAGCAACGCCCCCCUCUGUCCGUCCAUCCCCCCUCUGCUUUCAUUGGUUGCAUAAAAUCCACCAUCAUUGAUUCAUUGCCCUCAACCUACCAUCCAUGCAACCUUAAAGGCCCAGUGCAGUCAAAAAUGUGAUUUACCUGUGUUUUAUAUAUAUCCACACUGAGGUUGGAAUAAUAUUGUGAAAAUUAUGAUAAUGCUCUUUCAGUGUUGGAGCUGUUUGAAAAGACUGCCUUGGUGGGAUGGAGUUUUGGCCCCCCUGGUGACAUCACCAGUCGGUAAAUUAGUUAAUAGACCAAUAAAGAAUAGUUCCAAACCUCUCUGCCAAUAACAGCUAGUUUUCCCUUCCCCACUGAGGCCACUCCCAGACAGUCCUAACCAAAUUCUUGCUUGAGAAGAUGCUCUUUUCUAAGAAGCUAUUUUUUUUAUUUUUUUGAACCAUUGUUUUCAAUUAAAAUCACAGUAAGGUACUCAAUUGUUACCCAGAAAUGAUUUGAUAUAUAAAAAACAGCUGCAUUGGACCUUUAAGUCUCCCAUAGCUGUACUGUGCAGGAUCUAUCCUCCAACCCCUCCUGGUUUGUCCUGCUUGAAGUGAUUAAACCCCCUUUUGCUCCCUAAAUGGUCUUCCUGUCAGUAAGAAGUACAUGUGGAAAAGCAAGUGUACAAUCAACUUUUCAUUUAGCCUUUUUUUAUAUAUAAUUGUAUGAAUAAUAGUAUACUGUGGCUUUGUUCAUGUCACUGUUGAUAUUAAUCAGCUUUUAUGGUCAUUCCUUCCCCGACAUCUUUUUCUGCCCCUUUUUAGCAUUCCUUUGCUUGCCUCCUUGCUAGUUUUUUUUUUUAGGGUUUUUUAAUAUUUUACCAAGACCUGCCUUGUUAAAGAUAUUCUCCUGAACUUUUGUAUUCUUUUUUGCCAGUAGUUCUGAAAGUAGCAUCCACGACCCAAAAGUGGUCUCUGAAAAUUGCAUGUGUCACAAAUGUGCAGAUAUGUGCACCACGACAUUGCUCUCGCUCUACUGUGUGUGUGUCUUGCUAGCUGUCACUCAAAUGGUGAGGGGCUGAAACUCAAAUUACUAAGGGGCUUGCCCAAGUGGGGCUUAAUGUAGGGAAAAAAGUUCUGGAGCAUGUCUUUUAAACGUACAGUGAAUUAAUGAGCUGCUUUACUUCUGCUUCUCCUACCCCCCUUAAAUGUUUAAACCUUUCCUCUUACAUGGGGAUUGGGGCCAAGGUAACCUAAUGUAGCAGGUGUAUAAAAAAUAAUUACGCCUGAAACUAGAUCCCCUACAUAAGGGGUAUUCAACUCUUACCCUACGAGGUCCGCAUCCUGCUGGUUUUCUGUUGUAUGUGGAGGAGGAGUUAAAGUGGCGUGUCGCCUUGUUAACGUCCAAAAGCAGAAGUCCAUUUCCCCUGAAAACAGGAACAUCCAGUUCUUGGGGACUUGGCAGAGGCUAGGGCGAAGGAAGUGAAAGAUGUGACAUUUGGGGGGGGGGGCUGCCUUAUACAGAAAGAUCAAAAGAAUCAGUUUCUCUCACCAAUAAUCAGUUUACUACUCUUCCGCAGAUAUCAUGGUAGAUGAUGAGAUGGUGCAUGCCUUGGGCUGUAUAUUGUGUAUUUCAUGUGGUGCUUGCCAUCAGGUAGACUCACUCAAGGGCAUAUUGUACUAUCAACUGUUCACCAUCUUUAUCUCUAUGCUUGUUGAGAUUCUCACUGUCGUGUUUACACACAUGCUGCUCCCGGCCUGUUUUGUCUAAACUCAACCUCCACUAGUAAACAUGGUAGUUAGAAUGAGAAUAGAAUACACCACCUAGAAUUUACCCAUGUGUUUUUUUUUCUUGCCCACCCCAGCAAGCCACUUCAUCAUUAUUGUUAACACUCUUGUGUUCCUUAGCCAUGAGGCCUUAUUGUCGACUUUGGUCGCGUGAAAAAGAAAGACACAAUUAUUUUCUUUGUUUGCCUUAAUGUACAUCAAUCCCCAGUCAAAUUUCCCUCCUCCCCACCUCUCACAUUUUGUUACGACCCUUAGAGCCUGCUGUCGGAGGUCAAAGGUGAUGACAAGUACCAGAGAAGGCACAGGAGUGGAGAAUGACUCACCGUCUGCUGCUGGAGACAUUGACGGUGUUUCAGUUCUCAUUAGGAACAGGAGCUGGUAGGGUUAAGAUGUACACCUCCACAGUCAGGCCACAGCCUUUGCCCAAUGACAUAUUGACGAAGAGAGGCGUUGAUGGAAGAACGGUCAAGUUUGAACAGAGUAGGAUGUGCUAGCAGAAAAUGCGUGAUACUGUUUGAGUAUGUUAAGAGGGAGGGAUUUUGGAUCAGAAAGUGGAAUUGACAUGUACUGUACCCUAAGCAUAUGGAUGUAAAAGUGUUUCAGAUAUUGUGAAUGAUCUUAUGCUUUUCCAUACAUUCCUUCACACAUUGUACAGUUUCAAUGAUGAUGCUGGCAUGCUGGUGGGGGUUGUAUAAAUAUUUGAUCAUUUGUGAUUGCUCUUCUUGGACAAUAAAGAUCUUGCUCAACUUGG